UUGAACUUAUGUCUUUUGUAUCCAUAUGACUGUGGUCUAUCUUUUGCAGGAUUGUCCAGAUCAGUUCAAUCUUGUUAAACAUGUUGUGGAGAGGCUUGAAUAUAAAGUUAAGAUGGUGAGAAUUACAGAAAGAGUUGUCAAUACUUAUUUUGCGAAGUUAUAUUUUACCAAGCCAGGGGAAAAUGAUGCGAUAAGUGUGGAUGCACGACCCUCAGAUGCCAUCAAUGUGGCUAAUAGAUGCAAGGCUCCUAUCUAUGUAAGUAAACGGAUUCUUUUGGAGGAUGCUAUUAGAAUUGGCUAUGGGAUGGGCAGAGUGUGUGAUAGAAAGUCUACUUACGAUGUAUUGCUCGACAGGGUUGUAUACGUCCAGUGCUGCAGGUGGCCCGGAUUUGCUAACGGAGGAGUUGAAUCUGGUGAGGAAUAUAGAUUUAGCUGUCGAAGAAGAAAGGUACAAUGAUGCAGCAUUGUUAAGAGACAAACUAAUGAAGCUACGUCACUCAAGUGAUGAUCAGUGACAUGUUUUGUAAGCGAUAAUUCGAUUCAGAGUUUCGUUGGCAGGUUAUUAUAGUUUACAGAGCACAGGAACUUGUUAUGCUAAAGUAGCCAGCAGAGAGAGCCAUUAACCUGUUAACCUAGAAUUUCAGUGUUUAAGAUAAGCAUGAGUGAAAUUCCUGGAAUGAAUGCGUAAUAUGUAUGUUACUGGAUUCAAAUGUGAUCUUGGACACGGGCAUGUGCUCUUCCAUUUUAAGUUUUUAAUGUGUUUAGAAGAUGUGUAGAAUAUUGAAAGGGAGCAACAUAGGCAAUGUACAGAAAUAACAUAGACAUGUUGGCAAUAUUAGGUUAAGUUUGUAUUAACUUGGACAGUGAUGUGAAAGCUAUAUAUU